AAGGAAUGGAGGCGCAUAAUGGAUCGCAUCACGACGAAGAUAGGUAUAAGAAUCAUCUCUAUUGUGAGUGAGAACAGUACAUUUCAAUCAAACAAAUCUCCAAACAUUAUGGUAGCUGUUCACCGAUGAAGAAGAAAUAUGGAAAACUUUUUGGAAUCAUCGAUAAGCUGAUUACCAGUGAGUCGAAGGACAUCCAGGACUGGAGAAGCUUAGAGGCCCUGUUCAAGUUCUUGCAGGGUCACAUCAAGAUGAUGAUUAAUAAGGAAGAGAAAUAGACCAAAUCAAUUCAAAAAUAUUAUGAGAAAGGAACCAGUUCCUAACAAUGAAGUCUAUAUGUCUCAGGAAUCAGUGGAAUAUGGACAGAGAGAAGACCAGCAUAUGUACGAAGAAGAAAAGAUGGAAUACAAGGAAUACUACCAGCCAGAAGAAGAGAAAAUGAACAGGUGUGGAUCUUGCAAGAAGUACAUCACUGAGAAUGAUGAAGAGAGCCAAAAUGUAGUUAUUCCUGAAUGUUUCCACUUUUUCCACAAAGAUUGUCUCAGAGUCCAGGCAAAGAAGCAGUAUAUGAAGGAUAUGAAAGCAUCUUGUAAUGUAUGAGACUCAGUUAUUCCAAAUGCGUAUCUUAAUGAAUUCUUUGGUAAAGAAUUCCUCGACGAUAUCGAGACAGAACUUCUCAGAAAACAACUAAAAGAGGAAGGAGGCAUGAUUGACUGUAAAUGCGGAAACAUGCUCCAAGUAGCUCCUGGAAAAGUCGACUACAAUCAGAAAGAUGAUGAAGGAAAAGUACUCUCUAAAGCUGCAGCUGAAAACAUGGCCCAAUUUAGAGUGAGAUGCAAUGAAUGCAGCCUUAUCUUCUGCUCAAACUGUAAUGCAGAUCCUUAUCAUCUUGGCAAAACUUGUGAAGAAUUUGCAGAAUACAGAGGAGCCGACAAGUGCAGAUUCUGUCUAGAGAAACUCAAGAAAAUUAGAAAGAAGGGACCGUUAGCUUUCAGAGCAGUAUGUAGAAGUGAAGAAUGUGAAAUGUAUAUGGAGAGAUCAUGUGAUAAGCAACUUGAUUGUGGUCAUUUCUGUUGAGGAGCAAAAGUUGAUGAGGAUUGUCUCCCAUGCCUUGAUGCAGACUGCGUCAGUCAAAACCCUGGUCUUACUCUUGACCAAACAGGUGAUGAUUUUUGUAAUAUCUGUUACAUGGGUGGACUCUCCCAAGCUCCAAGUGUUCAAUUAGAUUGCAGACAUAUAUUCCAUGAAGAAUGUUUAAUCAAAGUUCUUGAAGGGAAAUGGAGUGGACCAAGGAUCAAUUUUGAGUAUAUCAAAUGUCCAACAUGUAAGACUGAAAUGUCAUGUAACCACCCAGAGAUUAAUAGACAUAUUAAUCUAGCUAAAACUCUUCGUGAGAAAAUCAAUGAUAUUGCUAUGAAGAGAGCCAAGCAUGAAGGAAUAGAUAAAGAUGAUAGAUUACAACAGGCUCCAUAUAAUGGUGAAUUGCUACCAUACGCAGUUGCAAGGCUUUCGUAUUACAUGUGAUUCAAGUGCAAAAAGCCAUAUUUCGGAGGUCUCAAAAGUUGAGAGAACAACAAUAAUCAAAAUGCAGCAAACUUUAAACCUGAAGAGCUUGUUUGAGGCUCCUGUUCGGCAGAAUCUGUUGGAGGAGGUAUCAAAGAUUGUAAAAAGCAUGGGACAGAUUAUAUAGAAUUCAAGUGCAAGUUCUGAUGCUCUAUUGCACAAUGGUUCUGUUGGGGAACCACACAUUUCUGUGAUGACUGUCAUACAAGACAAAACAAAGGAGAUUAUUUAACUAAAAAGAAGCUUUCUGAGCUAGCAAAAUGCAAAGGUGCUCGAUCAUGACCUCUCAAAGUUGAUCAUCCUCAAAAUGGAAAAGAAGAGUAUGCCCUCGGAUGUGCUAUAUGCAAGAACAUGAAAGAAAAUGAUAAGGGAUACUAACGACCAUUCAUUCGAUUAAUCAAUUCCAAUUUGUAAGAAAACGUU